AUGGAGAUUCAACAAACCCUGAAGCUCACUAUCCACAAAAAAUGGCCAUCAUCACCCAAGAAAACACCAAAAGAUUCAGAACCAAUAACCACUACUACAACUCCAAAGCUGAAAUGGAAGAAAAUUUUCUUUCACCCCAAAACCAAAACCAAAAUCCAAACCCCCCCAGAUGAGUUCCUCUGCCCCGUUUCCCGUUCCCUCAUGUUCGACCCCGUCAUCGUCUCCUCCGGCCAUUCCUUCGAACGCUCCUCCGUUGAAGCCUGUAAAAAUCUCAACUUUACCCCCCAGCUCCCGGACGGCACCACCCCCGAUUUCUCCACCCUCAUCCCUAACCUCGCCCUCAAAUCCGCCAUCCUCAAAUGGUGCCACACCACCCACACACCACCUCCUCUCUCACACAACAACCUCGUACAAUCCUCAAUCCCCCCUAACAGAAACCUCGUACAACAAACUUCAAUCUCCCCGAACACCCCCAGCACAAACCUGGUACAAACCUCGAUCUCCCCAGAAGUAAAACACUCCGUCAGAGAUCCGAUCCUGGAUUCCCUCGACGACAACCCACCAUCGAGCAACCUCCGUCGUCACGCAGAAACCGAGGUGCCCAUAAGACCAACACACCUGUACACGAGCUCCGAGGAAUCCAUAGCCACAACCUCAGCCUCAACGCCGCCGUUUCAGCUCGCCACGCGCCCCAGUUGCUGCUACUAUUACUCUUCCCCUUCCUCGUCCGAAAUGGAACCUGCUGCAACCCCAGAAGAAGAAGAAAUCAUGGCAAAGCUCAAAAACCCACAACAGAACAUAAUCGAGGAAGCGCUUCUCUCUUUGAGAAAACUCACCCGGGUGAGAGAAGAAACCCGGGUCCAACUCUGCACCCCGCGGUUGCUCUCUGCGUUACGCUCCCUCGUUUUGUCGAAACACGUGAACAUUCAAGUGAACGCUUUGGCUUCGGUGGUGAACCUUUCUCUGGAGAAGAGUAACAAAGUGAAGAUCGUGCGGUCGGGGAUGGUACCACCAUUGGUCGAGGUUCUGAAAUUUGGAUCCCCUGAGGCGCAGGAACACGGUGCGGGCGCGUUGUUCAGUUUAUCUCUCGAAGACGAUAACAAAACCGCCAUUGGGGUUUUGGGUGGUUUGGGUCCGUUGCUUCAUAUGCUCCGAGUCGAGAGCGAGCGGACUCGGCAUGACUCGGCCUUGGCGCUUUACCAUUUGUCUUUGGUUCAGAGUAACCGGUCCAAGAUGGUUAAACUCGGUUCGGUUCCGGUUCUUUUGAGUAUGGUUAAGUCGGGUCACAUGACGAAUCGGGUUUUAAUGAUUUUGGGGAACUUGGGUUCCGGGUCGGACGGGCGGGCCGCGAUGUUGGAUGCCGGUGUGGUGGAGUGUUUGGUCGGGUUGCUUAGUGGGCCCGAAUCACCCACCGGGUCGACUCGGGAGAGUUGUGUGGCGGCAAUGUACGCCUUGAGUCACGGCGGUUUGAGGUUUAAGGCGGUGGCAAAGGCCGCGGGGGUGGUGGAGGUGUUGCAAAAGGUGGAGAAGGUGGGGAGUGAGAGGUCUAGGAAUAAGGUGAGGAAGAUUUUGGAGAUUAUGAGGGCCAAAGAGGUGGAGGAGGAGGAUGUGGAUUGGGAGGAGUUGCUUGACUCGGGGUUGGGUUGCCGAACUCGGAUCCGGAUCGGCGGCGGGUUGAACGAGUCGAGUGCUAACUCGGCCGAGUUUUGA